GAUUAGUUUUUCCCCGGUGAGAACAAGUGACGAGAGGAGCGAUCAUCAGAGCUAGAAGAAAAGGAAAAAAAAAAAAAAAGGAUCUUCCAUGGACGAUAUCUGAGAACCCAAACCCAUCUGGUAAUUUAAAAUCCUGAUCUGGGAAGCUCGAUCUUCCUUUAGGGAAUCUUAAACUCGGUCGAGAUUUCAAUGGUGUUGGUAUUGGCAUUGGGGGAUCUUCAUGUACCACAUAGAGCGGCUGAUCUACCCCCAAAGUUCAAAUCCAUGCUUGUUCCUGGCAAGAUUCAACACAUCAUCUGCACUGGAAACCUCUGCAUCAAAGAAAUCCAUGACUAUUUGAAGACUAUCUGCCCUGAUUUGCAUAUAGUUCGAGGCGAGUUUGACGAAGAUGCACGAUACCCUGACACUAAAACCUUGACUAUUGGCCAAUUCAAGCUGGGACUGUGCCACGGCCACCAGGUGAUCCCAUGGGGUGAUUUAGACUCACUAGCCAUGCUUCAGAGACAGCUCGACGUGGACAUACUUGUAACAGGACAUACCCACCAGUUCACAGCCUACAAACACGAGGGAGGAGUUGUCAUAAACCCGGGCUCCGCGACUGGAGCUUGUAGCAGUAUAAACCAAGAUGUUAACCCCAGCUUUGUUCUUAUGGAUAUCGAUGGUCUUCGAGUUGUGGUCUACGUCUAUGAGCUCAUCGAUGGCGAGGUUAAAGUCGACAAGAUCGAUUUUAAGAAGGCCUCCACUUCCACUUCUGCUCCUUAGCGCAUUUUAACCCCUUUUAUGUUUUCUUCUGGAAUCACUCUUGAAAUUUGUAACUUUCUUUAGCUUCCUUGUGAUAAUAAUCUUUAAAUACUUGGAAUUUGAACCACUAAGAGCUAUGUUUUGCAAGUCAUUUGAAGUUUAUAGA